AUGGAAUCAUCUUCCUCUCGAGACCCCUCCGCCCAAAACUCCCCUACUCCAGACCAAAAUGCCCCCAGCGCAUCAAGACCCAGUCGGAGCGAUCGAUCGUCGAGUCGGACGACCGCCCAAGAUCUGCCAUUGCACAACAGAAAUGCCCCCAUUCCAGACGAGAAGCAAGGCGCUGAUCUACCGUUGACCAUGUCAGCUUCGGUAGUAUUAACCAGCCUGCCACGCGAUGCGCAUCAAGCCAUGGCAGACGCUGAAGCCGUGGACACAGGUAAAGUGACUGUUCGCUUUCAGCCUCUGCCGUCGGCGCCCAUUCUCAAAAAUCGGGUCUUCAAAGUUAGUGCGUCGCAAAAGUUUGAAACGGUGGUCAAAUUUCUCCGGAAGAAGCUUGACUGCAAGAAUACCGAUUCUGUCUUUUGCUACGUGAACAGCGUCUUCGCUCCGGGGCUGGACGAGGGUAUUGGGGGGUUGUGGCGAUGCUUCAAAACGGACGAUCAACUAAUUGUCGCUUACUCCAUGACACCCGCGUUUGGCUAG